AUGUCUGGUGCAUCAUGGAAGAAAACACCCGAGAGGCCAUAUCUAGAAAUCAAUGUUGAGAAAUGGCAUGCAACCACAAGAAGUAAAACAGAUAUCCCCAAAGGGGACAUGACUGAUUUUAUGUUAAUAGCAACUGGAGCACCAACACAAAUAGCAGUCACAAACACCGAAAGUGGAGGCAGAAGUGGCCGGAUGACAUUGCACAUUCGAGGAAAGAAUCUGUAUACACAAGUCAAUGUAGUUUCGGUCUUACCUACAUUGACUUGUGUAUACAGAUUCUUUCCUCGAAUGUGCAAUGCCAUCCGGCCACUUCUGCCUCCACUUUCGGUGUUUGUGACUGCUAUUUGUGUUGGUGCUCCAGUUGCUAUUAACAUAAAAUCAGUCAUGUCCCCUUUGGGGAUAUCUGUUUUACUUCUUGUGUUGCAUGCCAUUUCUCAACAUUGA